UUGGACAGUCAGUUGAGUGAAUCAGAACAGAAUAGACAAGAAUAGAGUAGGAAACUGAAAAUAAUUCACAGGGUAAAUAAACAGAGAAGGUACUUUCAGCAUGUUUCUCAUUCUGAGCUGUCCUGAACAUAGAGUGAGCAUGGUCUAGGAAACAAUCUCCCUUCUCCAGGCUGUCAUCUGGAUAGUGUUGCUUUUAAAUUCACUGAAUUUAUUUGGCAAACAGUGCUGCAAGUGUACUGUUGUAAAAAAAGAUCUCCCUGGAGCGACCCUUCAAGCUAAGAAAAACUAAAAGAAGAAGCUGAGGAGCAGAACUGUAACUAACUUUACAAAAGUCUGGACAAGUUGUAAUCCCAUUGAAGCUCUCUCAUCCAACCUGCUUCCAUAGGAGUGCCUACACCAUUUCAUCCUUGAAUUAUAUCUUCUCCUACCAUCAACCUUUCCUGGAAUGGUCCGGCUGUUGUUUCUGUGGUACCUGGCAGUGGCAGAAGUCAUGGUGAUUGGCUCGGAAAGAAGGCAGCACCAGGUGCAGCAUGGCCCCUGCAGCUACACUUUUAUCCUGCCAGAGGUGGAGCAGUGUCGGCCUGUUGGGGACUUCCAGGAGACCAACUUCCUCCUACGGGACUCACCCUUGCCACCUGAGUCUUCACAAGCUGAACCCACCUGGCAGGAAAGGAAGUUAGAGAGUCUAGAGAGUGCCACAGAGAACAACACACAGUGGCUACAGAAGCUGGAGAACUAUAUUCAGGAGAACGUGCGAUCAGAGAUGGAACGGAGUGUCAUUCACACCCAGACAGCCACCAUGCUGGAGAUAGGAACCAAUCUUCUAAGCCAAUCAGCAGAGAACACACGUAAAUUGACAGAUGUGGAGACACAGGUGCUGAACCAAACCAGUCGUCUGGAGAUCCAGCUGCUGGAACACUCUCUCAGUGCUCACCGGCUGGAGAAGCAGCUCUUUGAACAGACCCAGGAGGUCUCCCGCCUCAAUGACAAAAACAGCUACCUGGAACAGCGUUUUGCUACCAUUGAGGCCAGACACAGCAGAACGCUGCAGGCCAUCCAGCAGGAGAAACAGCAGCUGCUGGAGCUACUGGACAGACAGAGUCACCUGGUCAACCUGCUGGAAGGUGAACUGGCCAGCUCCACCCAUAACAGCACCCUGCUCCAACGCCAGCAGGCCACACUCACAGAUACAGUGCAGCAGCUACUGGCUAUGGUCAAUCACUGUAACGAUAUUUCUGCUCCUAUUGAGAAGGAGAUGGUGAAGUUCAGAGAUUGUGCUGAGAUGUUUAAAUCUGGAGUUACAGAAAGUGGGAUAUAUGACAUUCAUCUUCCUAACUCCACACAAAAAACUAAGGUAUUCUGUGACAUGAAAACAAGAGGAGGAGGCUGGACGGUCUUUCAGCACCGUUAUGAUGGAUCAGUAGAUUUCCAUCGUGACUGGAGGGAUUACAAACUGGGAUUUGGAGAUCCAUCAGGAGAACACUGGAUAGGAAAUGAUGUUAUCCACCUGCUUACCACAUAUAAAGACUACACUCUCCAGGUCCAUCUCAAAGAUGCAGAAGGACACCAGGCUUAUUCUCAAUAUGACCACUUCUACAUUGAUGGAGAGGAUAAGAAGUAUAGUAUCCAUGCAAGAGGUUUUGGUGGUACAGCAGGACGUACCAGUAGUCUCACCCACUCAGGCAUGAUGUUUAGCACUAAGGAUCAAGACAAUGACCAAUGCAGCUGCAAGUGUGCUCAGAUGGCAACUGGAGGGUGGUGGUUUGAAGCUUGUGGGCCAUCUAAUCUCAAUGGGAUAUACCAUUCUGGAAACUCGAAUGUGGUACGCUAUAAUAGCAUUAAAUGGUACUACUGGAAAGGACCAAGCUGGAAGGCUUCCAUGACAACUAUGAUGGUACGACCUGUGGACUUCUAAAAGCAGCAAGAGACUGUCAUAAAUGGGUCAUUUGACUUCACUGACAGCCAAAUCAUCCAAACAAUCUAGUGACAUUAAUGAAAAUCAUGGACAAUUUAAGCAUUGGACAGCUUAUGCCCAGGUUAUUGUAGCCAUUCAAUCUGUCUCCAUUUUGUUUGUUUAGUCUGUUGAAACUGACACAAAUUGCAUCAUAAAUGGUUUAUCUCUCUCUGUAUAGCAAAAGCUCUUGCAAUGUAAAAUGCAAUGAACUGGAAUGGCUGAUCAGUGCUCACAUUUGUACUUGAUGGCAAGUUGUGCUUUGAACCCGAUGUCUGUGGUAAAACACUAACCUAUCAUCCUUCCCCAUCCAGCCCAAGCCUCAGUCCUCCUGGGAGUUUUUCUCCCAUUCUAAAGUGCUUGUAAAGGAUUUAAGAUAGAAUACCUUUAUAAAAGUGCACAAGACACUGUAACAGGUGAAUGUUUUAUAAGCAGACUUUUCAUUAGAAAAUACAGUAGGCCUAUAUAUUUGUAA